CUAGGCCAAUGUAUUCACUUGUGGACGCCUCAUAUGUUCAUGAUUCUAUAUUUACCGACUGCCGUUGCUUGACUCACUCGUGCAUUUCUAUCGCCUUCCGGGUUCCUUUGCACGUCACCUUUCUUUUUCAAAGAUAGGCUAGUCACUAGAUGCGCGCAUAUGGACCAUUUCAAUUUCAAUUUCACUGAUGUAGCCUAGUUAGCGGUUUUAAGUCUACUUAUAGCCUACUAUAGAUCUACAUACUUAUAAUUAUAAUGUUCGAGAAUAAACGAAUUAAUCUGUCACGCGUGAACUCGAGAACUACUUAUAUAUGCACGCCGUCUCAAAACAAAACAAUAAUAAACAAAAAUCAACAACAAAACACACAUAACAGAUUAUUGAAAGACUUGCACGCAUUUAUACUUGUUUAUACUUGACACAUCUUCGAGGGCAAAUAGAUCUAGAUCUAGUCGCCAAUGCAUUACAAUUAAUUGGGUACACAAACUGACGAUAUAAAAUAUUGGAAGAAAACCACUUUAUUAAGAUUAUUAUCCAGUUCUACGACGUUGAUUAGUUCCCGUGACGUUGCUCCUACAUUGACGUUUGAUAACAAUUUUUUAAAACGAUUCUAGCGUUAAAGAUAGGGCCUAUUUUAAACCUCAUUUUCAUUUUAUUUUGUUUUGACAGGGUGACGGGAUUUUUUUUCCUGAAAAGAUAUUCUAGAAUACAUUUGUAUUUUGAUGGGUAAUAUUUCUAGACCUUUCAAACCAGAAUCACCAAUAUUUAAGGCAGCCAGUAUCAAACAAGCGGAGCAGAGUCCAUUUACAUGAUUGUGUAUUGCUAAAAAGAAAACAUGACAUAGGCUACCCUGAAAAUUUAGAUCUUUAUGGUUUGCAACUAGCACUUCUCAUUCUAAUUUGUGCAAUAAUGGACAGUGAGUACCAAAGAGAUGGUCGGCUCAUGGAUAUGAUUGAUGAAAAAUGGAGAGCUGAUCAGCUGCCCAUGGAAGAUAUAGAGGUGCCGGUGACAGCACGGCCGGAGCCAGAGCAGGACAACGGGCCCAGCACCGACGCCCAGCACGAGCACGAGCACAAGUGGCUGGACCUGGCCCUCUCCUCCCUCAACAGCAUGCCCCCGACCUCCACGCAGAGCUGACCUCCGACUUCGACACAGAGCUGACCUCCAACCUCGACGCAGAGCUGACCUGACCUCCGACCUUGACGCAGAGCUGACCCCUGACCUCAGCGCAGAGCUGACCUCCGACCUCGACACAGAUCUGACCCUCUCCUCCCUCAACUGUAUACAGUAUAACAUUAACAACAAAUAAGUCAAACACAGAAGACUUGAAAUCACGCUUCCGUCGAACUGUGCCUUCGGUCCCUUUUUUUUUUUUACUUUCUUAAUCUUUGUAAGAUAUCCCUCGAACUACGAAUCCCUCAAACUAUCGAGUCAGGUCCAGACGAAUUCAAGCUAUCCGUGUUAUAUAGUAUACUGUACCUCCGACCUUGACGUUGAGCUGACCCUCUCACCUCGAAUCUCUGCAAUCUUUUCUGAUUUUGUUUUGGCUUUUUUUAUACUAACUAGUAUCUGGAGACACAAGGACUACUAAAAACCCCAGCCGGUGAGAUCAAGGGUCACUUGUUAGGUGAUCUUCAGAACCUCACACCUCUCAGGUGCUAUCGUAGCCUCUCUGAUAAUGGCACAGGUUAGUUGUACAUAUUAUAUUCAUUGCCACCAGUACUUGUAUCUCAUAAUCAUAAGACCACUGAUUGACCAAUUAAAAAACAGAAAUGAUU